AAUGAGGUGGGGGUGGGGAGGGAACUAGGAGGAUGAUGGGAAAGGAGGGUGUUAAUGGGGAAAGAAGGGCUGGGGGAGGAUGGUGAGGAAACCGAUGGAGGAGACCUGGUGACUGGCGGAGGCACUGAAGGGAAUUGGAAGAAACACUGGGCUAUGAGGAGAAGGAGAAGCUGAGGAUAAUGAAAGAAAAGCGGGGGGAGGGUCUAGUAUUCUGGGGAGGAGAGGUUGGGAUGACUGGAAGGAGACAGGGAUAGCGUCAAGUAGAGUGGGAAUAUCCCUGGCCGAAAGAGGUCAGUGAAUAUUAGCUUUUUCUCCCUUGGUGGCUCAGGGAAAAUGGAGGGCUGUCGGGGUGGAGCUUGGUGCGGUGGGAGAAGGAAAAAGGAGAAAACUGCAAAGCUCUCAGGAGAUCAAGAAAGGCCAGAAACGGGGAGUGAACAUGGCAAGAGACCAGAGAGGGGGGGUAUGUACGUGAAGAGAAUGGAAGAAGCUGGAGAAUGCAGCAGUGAUGAAGGAUCCAGGAGACCCAGAGAUAAGCGGGGCCCCUGAGAUGGUGGGGGCUUUUCUCCAUGAGUUUGAGUUUUCCUUUGAAGAAGCUACGAUUCUGUCCACCUUUGGAUGGAAUUGCUUCUCUCUUCUGUGAAUUCCUUACUUUACCUUGACAUAGCUGAAGGGGAAGUAGAAACUAUGAGGGAAAAUGAAAGACUCAAAUUCAUAAAACCUUCAACCUUCUAUCUCCCGAAAGCCCAGAUCCAAGAUCUGUUGGAUUGAGGACAGGAAUAAUGAAGUGAGAGUGGUUUCCUGCUGGGGCUAUUUCAGGUAGCAGAGGCAGCAGGCCGUGCCGGGGGGGCAUGUUGCUGUAACCAGUGACCCAGGGGAUGUUACGGUGGACAGUGCACCUGGAGGGCGGGCCCCGCAGGGUGAACCAUGCUGCAGUGGCUGUUGGGCACCGGGUAUACUCCUUCGGGGGUUACUGCUCUGGUGAAGACUAUGAAACACUGCGUCAGAUUGAUGUGCACAUUUUCAAUGCAGUGUCCUUGCGUUGGACAAAGCUGCCCCCAGUGAGGCCUGCCAUCCGUGGGCAGGCUCCUGUGGUACCCUACAUGCGGUAUGGACACUCAACCGUCCUCAUCGACGACAUGGUCUUCCUUUGGGGCGGGCGGAAUGACACCGAAGGAGCCUGCAAUGUGCUUUAUGCCUUUGAUGUCAAUACUCACAAGUGGUCCACACCCCGAGUGUCGGGAACAGUUCCUGGAGCCCGGGAUGGACAUUCAGCUUGUGUCCUGGGCAAGACCAUGUACAUUUUCGGGGGCUAUGAGCAGCUGGCGGACUGCUUUUCCAAUGACAUUCACAAGCUGGAUACCAGCACCAUGACAUGGACCCUUAUCUGUACAAAGGGCAACCCUGCGCGCUGGAGGGAUUUCCACUCAGCCACAAUGCUGGGCAGUCACAUGUAUGUCUUCGGGGGACGUGCCGACCGCUUUGGGCCAUUCCAUUCCAACAACGAGAUUUACUGCAACCGCAUCCGUGUCUUUGACACCAGGACUGAGGCCUGGCUGGACUGUCCCCCAACUCCGGUGCUGCCUGAGGGCCGUCGGAGCCACUCAGCCUUUGGCUACAAUGGGGAGCUGUACAUCUUUGGUGGCUAUAAUGCGAGGCUGAACCGGCACUUCCAUGACCUCUGGAAGUUUAACCCUGUGUCCUUUACCUGGAAGAAGAUUGAACCGAAGGGGAAGGGGCCAUGUCCCCGCCGGCGCCAGUGCUGCUGUAUCGUUGGUGACAAGAUUGUUCUCUUUGGGGGUACCAGUCCAUCUCCUGAGGAAGGUCUGGGAGAUGAAUUUGACCUCAUAGAUCAUUCUGACUUACACAUUUUGGAUUUUAACACAUCUAACAUGUCAUUUGAAGAGCUGUUGGAAUUGCAGAGCCAAGUGGGGACUGAGACAUACAAACAGUUGGCAACUGGAAACAGUUCUAAGAAGCAAGGUUCUAGACCACGUGUCCAAAAUGCAUGUGUUGCAGAUAAGCACAGGCCUCUGGAAAUGUCAGCCAAGGUCCGGGUGCCAUUUUUGCGUCAAGUUGUCCCCAUCAGUAAGAAGGUAGCCCGGGAUCCCCGCUUUGACGAUCUUUCAGGAGAAUAUAAUCCUGAGGUGUUUGACAAAACCUACGAAUUCCUGAAUGACAUCCGAGCCAAAGAAAAAGAGCUGGUGAAAAAGCAGUUGAAGAAACACCGUUCUGGGCAGGAGCAGGAGAAACUGCAGCAGCUGCUUCAGAGGAUGGAGCAGCAAGAACGGGCACAGCAGGAACGCAAGCGGCAACAGGAGCUGCGCCUGGCCCUGAAGCAGGAGCAGAGGGCUCGGGCCCAGCAGGGCCAGCGGCCAUACUUCCUGAAGAAAUCUGAGCAGCGCCAGUUGGUACUAGCUGAGAAGUUCAAGGAGCUGAAACGCAGCAAGAAGCUAGAGAGUUUUUUAAGUCGAAAGAGGCGCCGAAACGCAGGCAAGGACCGGAGACAUCUCCCCUUGAGCAAAGAGUAAUAAGGAACUGUCCUGAGCUCUGCCACUGUGAGCCCAGUGAGAAAUGGAUCUGUGGGGACAGACUUUGGCUUGGCCUGUUCUGGUUCUUUUCCAUCCAAGGGCAAGAAUCUUAGCCCUUAAGCUAGGUUGGCUCAAAGACGACGACUAGAGAGCUCUUGGACUGCUCCAGGGUUGGACAAAAAGAAGAGCAACUCAGCCUUGUGCUAUGCCACACUUCUCUGUUUGGAUCUGGUUCCUCAUGUCCUCAUGUCCUCCCAUCCUUGCUUUAGACCAAUGAUUGUGGUAUAGAAGAGAACAGGCUAGUGAGUGAUCUUAAGGCUGGUGAAGGUCAUGAAGUCUGUGGAUGGUUCCUAGAGCUGGGACUUUAUUUAAGAGCGAAUUCAUAAACAUUCCUGUCUCUCUUC